AUGGCCUCUCAUGAAGAUGGACCAAUCUUCCUCAACCCCAUAAUCCCGGGCUUCAACCCAGACCCAACAGUCUGCGUAGUGCCAGCAACAGAGUCAACCCCGACGACAUAUUUCCUCUCCACCUCCACCUUUGAAUACUUCCCAGGCUGCGCCAUAUACACCUCAACGGACCUCAUCAACUGGAAGCUCAUCGGGCACGCACUCACGCGCAGAAGCCAGAUCGAGCUGAGGACCGUCGAGACUGGUGCCGGGAGCUGGGCGAGCACGCUGCGCUAUCGGCCCCAUGAGAAGCGCUGGUAUCUCGCCAAUGGGCUGUUUCAGAGAUAUCGACCGACGAGUGAUGAGCGUAUCUUUCCUCGGGGAUUCUAUGUUUGGACGGACAAUAUCUGGGAUGAAAACUCCUGGUCAGAUCCCGUGUACUUUGACAACCCCGGAUUCGAUCAAGACCUCUUCUGGGAUGACGACGGAAAGGUCUACCUCUCAACAACAGUCCGCAUGGGAAAGCGAACCUCCGGCCUCAAACUAAAAGACUUUGCCAUCCACAUUUCAGAAAUAGACAUUUCCACAGGCAGAACGCUCACCCCGCCGCAAGUGAUCCGUGAAUCCCCACACGGAAUCGCAGAAGGAUCUCACAUCAUCCGCAAGGAUAAGUUCUACUACCUCUUCACCGCCGAAGGCGGCACAGAAGCCGGCCAUCAAGAGUGGGUCUUCAGAAGCCAAACGGGACCGUACGGGCCGUGGGAGGGGCAGGGCAAGGCUCUGUGGUACAACGGGCCCGACGAGGAGGUGCAGAGGACCGGCCACUGUGACGUUUUUGAUGAUGGCAGUGGUAAAUGGUGGGCCGUGCUGCUCGGUGUCCGGCCCGUGAAGGUUGGAGAGAAGUAUCUCGAGCCGCAGAUGGGUCGGGAGACGUUUUUGGUGCAGGUUGACUGGGUGGACGACUGGCCCGUCUUUAACAAGGGUCGCAAUAUCACACUUCAAACUAGUGGCAGGGAAGCGAUCCAGAAGGCCACCAUUGCUGACGCUGACGGAGUUAAGUGGAAGGCAGAUCUGUCCAGAUCCUCCCUGGAGAUUGGCUGGUAUCACAAGAAUACGCCCAUCAAGCCCUGCCAUAGCCUGACGGAACGUCCCGGCUACCUGAGGCUCUACGGGAAUUGCUUCGAUCUCAAUAGUCCCGAAUCGCCCGCGAUGAUCUUGAGGAAGCAGACGUCUUACAGCGAAACCUUCAGGGCUACGAUGCUCUUCAAGCCCAGUCGGGCAGGGUAUGAAUCUGGCAUCACGGUCUGGUGGAGUCAGUACUCUUACGCCACCAUUGGCAUUGGCGCUGUUCAACCACAAGACGGAGGACCCGCCGUCCCGAUAAUCAUUACGAGGGAGCCUACGGGUAAGGUCAAUGAGCUCAAGGUGACGCAACCCCUGUUGGACUCGGGAGUACCUGCCCUUGAUUUAGAUCAGCCAGUAAAGCUGUCAAUCACCGCCAAUUCCUCCGACUAUGAGAUAAAUCUCUCAGUGAAUGGGGUUACGACGACCAAGAUUUUCAAAUCAGAGGCAUUGACCGUCUUCCCUCCCGUAGGAGGGGCGUUCUGCGGCGUCAUGUACGGGAUUUACUCAUUCGGCCAGAGUGAACCAGUGCUGGACCCUUCAGAUUUCACAGACAUUGAGAUCCGAGAAAUCUGA